AGGUCACGAACCAUUUCUGCACUUUCAGCCUCUCAGUGUCGGCUUCAUCGAGGCUUACCACUGUCUCCUUCACAGCAAAUUCAGCUUGCACCUUUUACUGCUCCAACGAUAGACGACACCAGCCACCAUGUCUGACGAAGAGAUCGCCGUGUACGACGAGGUCGAGAUCGAGGACAUGACCUACGAUGAAGACCGCCAGAUCUAUCACUACCCGUGCCCCUGCGGCGACAGAUUCGAGAUUGCCCUGCUCGAUCUCCAGGAUGAUUCAAACGACAUUGCCGUCUGCCCAAGCUGCAGUCUCAUGAUCCGAGUCAUCUAUGAUCAGGACAACCUACCGAAGCCUGAUCCCGAGCCUCCAGCAGAGGCCGCCGCAGAGCCUGUGCCUGCGGCCGCGUGAACGACGACUACCAGCUUGCAUCAGAUCGCAGCAUGACGCCUCCCGACGAACCACACUCACGAGAUGCCGAAGCCGGACAACGCUACCGCAUGAUGGCUUGAAUACCAACGAAGCACGCAUCGCCCGGCCCCGAGUCCAAAUCUGCUAUCCUCCGCCGUGAUGGCGCCUGUGUCCCCUUGCCGAAAGAGACCACUUGCCGAUCCAACAUCUCGCUCCGCCGCAGCUGCACAACCAGCGAGCCGUGCGGAUUACCUGUGGCGGCUGUGGCAGUCGCCAUGAUGGCGACAUGGUGUUGCGAACAUUCUCACCGAGCUGCCGACCAGCACAAGCCACCGGCAAUCACAUAAGCCAUCUUCACGCGGAAGAGCACCAAACACGGAGUCUUAAGUUUUCGACGGAAAUUCAUUGUACUCUGCCGCCAUAUGGGGGGGGGGGGGGGGGU